AUGGUUCGCCUGACCGAUUCCUGCGGGGAGCGCGUCAAGCCGGAGAACGACCUGACGAAGGAUGAUUUGAAGACCCGCCUUGUCGGGAAGAUGGAUCCGAAGAAGCAUUUGGAGGAAUUGGGUAAGCGGGGUAUUGAAGAGAAUAUUGUGGGCGCGUUGGUUGAGAUGGUGGAUAAGGAGGUGAGCUUUGCAGCUGAUAUUGAUGGGAGUAAGCCUGGACAUGUGGAGGCUAUGGAUGAGGAU